AUGACGCACGGUAAUAACUUAGACGAUGACGAAAAAUCCUCAUUUCUCGGAAUUCUCCUGGAUUUGGCCAGAUCCCUGGCCACCCUCGAGCCUGCCCCACUGGAAAAAGUAAAACGAAUUAUUUCUCUUUGCCCUGCAAUAAAAACAAACACAGCAUUUCGCUUUGACCAAAGAGGCCAAUCUGCCAUCAUAGCCCUUGGAGUCUUCUACCUAGAAUCAAAUCAACAGUACUCUCAAUUGAUACUGCCAUACCUUCUGAUGGUGUUGGAUAAUUUGCACAAGGCACUCUGGAUUGAUGGCGAUGGUGGAAUACAGAUUAGAAAACUACCAAUGAGUGAAUGUUUCUCCUUUGCCUUCCACACCUUAAUGUCUGAUAUUGCAUCCUCUAACUCUGGUAUCUCUCAAAAAAUCAUAGAAUCACAAUUACAAGCUUUCAAAAAAUUAUGCACUGUGAUCAUCGACCCAAAAUCUGAUCCAACUGUAACGAAAGAAACCAGAUGUCGCUAUCUGGUCCCAGCAUUUCUAGGCACGGCUCGUUCCCUCGGCAGAUUUUCCACCACCACGUCAAUCCUCAACAGUCCCAUCCCAUCUCCAAUCCCUCCGUCGUCCCCAACAUCAUUGUCAUCGUCGUCUUCAUCAUCUUCUUCUGGUUCCUCUCUCUUUUUGACUCUCUUCCCAAAAGAAAUCCUCCUAGCUACUGUUAAUGUGAAAUCUCAGUUAAGUAGCGGUAAGAAUAAUAAGAGGAAUUUUCGAUUUCGUCCCAUAUUUCCAAGGGUAAUGUCCUACAAUGUUCUCUCGUCCGCUACUCCCACUCCCACUCCUCUCAUUCCUCUUCCUUCUCAUCCGCAACCUUCUAAUCCGGAUUAUAUCACUGGUCUGAGGUCGCCAUCUCCGAUGACGGAUCCACUGGAGGCUUCCAUGAUCGUCCAGUCAGAAAAUGUGACCACUGGCGUCCAGUUUUUCAACAAAAUUGGCUCGACCUUCGUGCAGAACAACAACAUCUGUGACCUACUUUUGUCGCUGAAUCACGAUAAACUGGGUCACCUCGAAAUGAAGCAAGAACAACUUGAGAUGUUGCUUGACGUUGCGAAAAGCAUUUUGGACAAAACGUUCCUAGUUGAAUUGGAUGUGGCCGCCAGUGAAUUUGCCGUCAGUCCAGCGUCCUUCAUGCCAACAAGUUAUGGUCAUCCCUACAGAACCUAUACGGAGGUACUGAGGUUUGUGAUGGUUCAGUUGCUGAGAGAUAUCCUCUGCUAUCAACAAAAUUUCAAAACUGAUUUCUCAAGAAGUGUGCAGGACUUCGUGAAGAAAGUCUACGAGGUUGGCCAGUCGAUGUUGCUACACAAACAAGAGCAACACAAAGCCCACAAAGACGACUCGUCAUCCAGCGCCGACAAAAGUGGUAGCGGUAGCGGCGCCAACAGCGGCGCCACACUCGAUGUGGCCGAUUUGCUGAUCAAGAACGCAGACAGUCUGUGCAACAAGCUGAUCGAAAAGUUGAAUACAAAUUUCGAACACAGAGUCCUCAUCGCACAACAUGCUCUGCUGCUUGCUUCAUUCAGGACCUUAGGCAGGUUGGCAGAAAAAUUCCCGGUAUUCUCACAGCCAGUGGUCCAGGCUUGCAGGGAUUUCCUCGUCCAACCAUCUCCCAUACUUUCCAAACUCUACAAACACACUCAAAACGUUGGCGCCAGCAGUUCAACCACUAGCGGAGUAGGAGGGGGAGGAGCUAAAGGAGAAACCCCAGCUGCUGCUGCAGCAGCUUCUAGCGCUGCUGUCAUCACCCCGCCAUCGUCGCCCGCUCAGAUGAAUAAUCAUCAGUUGCCAGGCUGGUAUUGCUGUGCGAAUGUUCUUCUUGCCGGCGUGUCAGUGACACUGGCAGACACGACGUUGAGCGACUUAAGACGCCACAACGCCAACGACGGCGAUGCCUGGAAUAAGAAGAAGAAAUCGAAGAUCGGCAUCAUCAUGGAGAACUUGAGGGACGAGGCUAUUGAGAACAUCUGCAGAGCACUAAAGGCAGGCUUACCAUUGGAUCCGGAUUGUGUGCAAGCAUUCCUGGCUAGCCUCUCCAAUCGUCUCUACACUGUAGAUGUCAAGGAGAGCAAACAAUCCUCCUUAAUUCUACAAAACACCAUCUUGACCCUGGGCAACGUGGCAGUUGCCCUGAAGGAGACCCCGAAAACUGUAGAGUCAGUCUUGCAGAUCUUCCAACAGAGGUUCUGCUCUCCGCCCUCCAUUCAUUUAGAGAUCAUGAACAUGUUUAGUUUGAUAAGCAUCGAAAGCAGUUUGGCCCUUCAGAAACCUGGCAAUGAGGCCAACAACUUCAGGCAUGUCUCAUCAGCGGUUAUAAACGCAUUUGCGAACAUAGCGGUGAACGUAAAAGGCGAGAGUAGGGUGAACGACUUGCUGAACCGUUUGCUGGAACUGUUCGUCCAGUUGGGCCUGGAGGGCAAACGAGUCUCGGAAAAAACUUCGGGUCCACUAAAAGCGUCAAAUAGCGCUGGAAACUUAGGCGUCUUGAUUCCCGUCAUUGCCUCGCUGACGAGUCGCAUGUCCAUCAUAAGCAACCCAAAAAAUCGACUGCAGAAAUUGUUCAGGGAUUUUUGGCUCUAUUGUGUCAUCAUGGGUUUCACUAAUGAAGACCAGUGGCCGGUGGAAUGGUUCGAAGGCGUCUGCCAGAUAGCCACUAAAUCGCCUCUCUUAAUUUUGAAGGAACAUUUGAGAUCUGAAUUGCAGUACACCUCAGUCCUCAAUAGUAGCUCCAUGACGACCUCUGAACUAGCGGAGAUGCGGAACACGGUGUUGAACGUGUUGGACAAUCCCACGGAGCUCAUCCCAAUCGUCAACAAACUAUCAUUCGCUCAGUGCGCCUACCUCCUAUCUGUCUAUAAACUUGAGGCUCUAAGGAUCUCCCACAGUACGGAUCCUUGUGCGUUUCACGGAUUGUUUUUGUACCUGGAGGACAAGGGAAUCAUUCAGGAUAAGAGCGACAUGUGGAAGUGCAUCUCAGCCGUGUCCUACAAGGCUUUUGAGAUUUUCCUCAAUGUCAAGUCUGACAUGCCAAAAACUGAGCAGUUAGAGAGAGAAUUAGAGCAAGAUGCCCAGUUUUUGUUGGUUAACUUCAACCACUACUUCAAAACUAUCCGAAGGGUUGCUGACAAAUUCCCUACACUUCUGUGGAGUAGGAAGGUACUGACAACAAUGCUUGAUAUACUCCAGAUCCUCUCAACCUCUUUAGAAAUGAACCCAAACGACCAGCCGCCAGAAUUUCAGGUCCCAGGAACGAAGUACAAAUUAAGGGUGCCUAACGUUCCAGACACUAACGUGGCGGCUAUGUUGACCUUGAACUCUGGUGGGGCAGCAGACUACAACACCCUGGGAAUCGGGGUCACGACAAGGUCACAGAGCUGGAUGAAUACCCUUUCCAGUGGUUCCAAUAUGUCCAACAACAAGAAGGGCACUACAAUUGGAGCCUCAUCGAGAAAGCAAGAGAAGUCAACAUCAGUUACUUUUGUUUCAAACUACAUGAAAAAGAGGAAUCUGAUGCUAUCUCUGCUGGCCAGCGAACUGGAACGUCUGGUCACGUGGUACAAUCCACUUUCUCUGUCUGAACUAGCCAUCCCUGGUCUAGACAGUGUGACGACGUGGAGAAUUUGUCCAAUCACGGAGAAGCAGUACCUUGAGCUGGCCAGGCAGGCCUGGGAAAUUUCCCCCGCCCUCGCGAUAUACAUGCCAUCCAGGUUAUUUUAA